AUCCAAACAAACCAAGUAGGGAUUCAAAUUUUGGAGAAAAAACUCCACAAGAAAACAGGAUACGAGUCAUACGACUGGGUGUCGAACGAACCAAAUAGAAUUCAGAAUACGUGCCUCUUCAGAUGAAUCACAUGAUCAUCAACUAACAAUUAGGGUUUAAAGAAACCCCAACUUUAUCAAGGGUUCAAGCUAACAAUUGCCGAGCUGUGGUGAAACCAAAAUUGUUAUGAUUGGACUCUGAUUGACCUGAAGAACAGAGGAUUUUGAAUAUGGAAAUUGUGAAGUUUUUAUUUUAAGAGAGAGAGAGAGAGAGAGAAGAGAGAGAGAGAGAGAGAGAGAGAGAUCACGGGUUUCAGUUCAUAUGCUGUUCUGAAGCAUUUGAUCGAAAAACAUAAAGUCAACAAACAACAAUGGCGAGAUGGUCCGGCGGUUUUAGAUGCUUGCUUCUUCUCGUUGCAAUCGCCUUCAUCUAUACCCAGGUGAGGCUGUUUAAGGCCCAAUCUGAGUAUGCAGACAAAAUUGCAGUUGCAGUGGAAGGGGAAAAUCAUUGUACAAGCCAGAUGCGGUUUUUGAUUGAUGAGAUAAGUAUGCAGAAACAAAAGGUGGUGGUUUUGGAAGAAAAAGUGAGACGCCAAGAAGAGGAGUGUGAGCAAUUGAGGACACUUGUUCAAAAUCUUGAAAGGAAAGGAGUGAAAAGCUUGUUUGAACAAGUAAAGGCACCAGUUGCAGCUGUUGUUAUUAUGGCUUGCAAUCGUGCUGACUAUCUAGAAAGGACUAUCAACUCUAUUUUUAAGUAUCAUGGCACUGUUGCAUCAAAAUUUCCGGUUUUUGUAUCCCAGGAUGGGUCAAAUUCUGAUGUUAGAACAAAGGCUAUGAGUUACAAUCAGUUGACCUACAUGCAGCACUUGGAUUAUGAACCUGUGGAUACUGAAAGGCCUGGGGAAUUAAUUGCAUAUUACAAGAUUGCACGCCACUACAAAUGGGCACUGGAUCAAUUGUUUUACAAACAUAAUUUUAAUCGGGUCAUCAUACUUGAAGAUGAUAUGGAGAUCUCUCCUGACUUUUUUGAUUAUUUUGAGGCUGGAGCAGACCUCCUUGACAAAGAUAGGUCCAUCAUGGCUAUCUCCUCAUGGAAUGACAAUGGGCAAAAGCAAUUUGUGCAUGAUCCUUAUGCAUUAUAUCGUUCAGAUUUCUUUCCUGGGCUUGGAUGGAUGCUAUCUAAACCUACAUGGGAUGAGUUAUCUCCAAAAUUACAAGAAAAUCACAAAGGGCGACAGUUUAUUCGUCCUGAAAUUUGCAGAACAUACAACUUUGGUGAGCAUGGUUCUAGUUUGGGCCAGUUCUUCAAUCAAUACCUGAAACCUAUUAGGCUGAAUGAUGUCACCAUUGAUUGGAAAAAGAUGAACUUGACAUACUUAAUGGAGGAUAAAUAUGUAAACCAUUUUGCAAACAUGGUGAAAGAUGCAAAGCCUCUUUAUGAACCUAAUCUUGUUCUAAAGACAAACAAUGUAGAUGGAGAUGUGCGUAUACAAUAUACAGAUCAAACAGAUUUUGAAGACAUUGCUCGCCAAUUUGGCAUUUUUGAAGAAUGGAAGGAUGGUAUACCAAGAACUGCUUAUAAGGGAUGUAAUAUGAUAUUGAAAAAAUUGCUUUAGACCAUCUCUUUCUCCACAAGACGCAGAAUCAAACACACAUAAACAUAUUUAUUAUAUUUGUAGAGAGAGGUACAUUGUACACAAACACAAUCUUUCUAAUUUGUAACAUUUAUUUUAUUUGCUCUCAUAAAACAGCUAGAUUGAUCCAAUCCUUUCAUUUUGAAAUGUAUGAUUUCUUUUUCCUAUGUAUCACAUUCAUUAAUUCUGAGAAAACCAUUUAUCAUUC